AUGAAGAUAAAGGAUGAAAUACGAGCAAAUGCAACUGAACCGGUGCCAAGGAUAUUCAAGAAAUGUUUGUCUGAAAUUGCCGUUGAUAUUGAAACAGCAAGUGCUAUUCCACCAUUCCAACAAAUUAAAACUGAAUUAUAUAAAGUGUUUUGUUCUGAAGAGGAUUUGGAAAAACUUUGCCAAAGUGAUAGCAUUCACAUGGAUGGUACAUUUAAAAUCGUACCAAAAUUGUUCUCGCAAUUAUAUACCAUCCACGGAUCAUACUUAAGAAAGAUUUUUCCCUUAGCGUUUUGCUUGAUCGGGAGCAAAUCCAAAGAAACAUAUAUUGAGUUAUUCUCGGCGAUAAAAGAACAUGCACGUUCCCAUGGUCUGAUAUUUCAUCCGAAGUUCGUCAUGAUGGACUUCGAGACGGCCUGCAUAGCUGCACUGGAAGAAGUAUUUAAAGGUGUUGUCGUGAAAGGCUGUUUCUUUCAUUUCAGCCAAUGUAUAUGGAAGCAGGUUCAGAGACUUGGUCUAGUCACUGAGUAUGCUGGAAAUAAAGAAGUAAGGAAUUUCUUCAGAAAAAUGGCUGCUCUGGCUCUAGUUCCACCAACUCUGGUACCUGAGGCCUUCCUCAUUAUACAAGAAAAUCAGCCAAGUACAGGAGAAGAAGACACUUUUAUAUCCUACAUGGCAGAAACUUGGCUCGAUGAGCAAGAUGCCAAAUUUCCGAUCUCUAUAUGGAAUCAUUUCGAUACCAAUGGUGCUCGAACUAACAACGUAGUCGAAGGCUGGCACAGCAGCUUAAACAACAAAGCAUCAAUAAGACACUUAGAUUUGUUUUCAAUGAUAAAAUUGUUACAAGAGGAAGAAGCAGCAAAUCAAGCCGUAGUUUUCCAACUGGACGGGGGACAAGAGAAAAUCCAACGAGUGAAAACUUCAUCUUUCACUUCUGAUAAAGAUUACACAAUGAGCCAAUCAAACGUUUCCGCAGAAACUAAUUUAAAGCUGGAGCGAAACGGAUUUAAUCAGUUCAUAUGUAUGGCGAUUGAAGUUGGAAUCAAUAUCGAUCUGAUACAUUUUGAGAAAUUCAAGUAG